GUGGUGCUGCUCAACUUCUACCGCUGGUUCCCGGGAGGGAAGGCCCUCUUCCUGGCCCCGACCAAGCCCCUGGUGGCCCAGCAGCGCCGCGCCUGCGCCCGCCUGGCCGCCAUCCCCGCCGCCCACAUGGCCGAGAUCACCGGAGGCACUCAGAUUGCGGAUCGCAAGGAAAUGUGGCGCAAUAAAAGGGUUUUCUUUCUUACUCCCCAAGUAAUGGUCAAUGACCUUUCCCGUGGAAUUUGUCCUGCAGCUGAAGUCAAAUGUCUGGUUCUUGACGAAGCCCACAAAGCUCUCGGAAAUUAUGCUUAUUGUCAGGUUGUGAAAGAAUUAUGCAAAUAUACUCAAGAGUUCCGGAUCUUGGCUCUCACUGCCACCCCGGGAAGCGAUACGAAGGCUGUGCAGCAGGUUAUUACCAACCUGUUGAUUUCUCACAUAGAACUCUGCUCCGAAGAUUCCCCUGACAUUCAGCCUUACUCGUACGAACGGCAGGUUGAAAAAUGUGUCGUUCCACUUGGGAAAGAGCUGGGUGACAUUCAGAACGCCUACAUCCAGGUCCUGGAAGCCUUUGCAGGCCGGCUGAUUAGGCUGCGAGUUUUGUCUCAGCGUGAAAUCCCUUCACUUACAAAGUAUCAGAUCAUUUUAGCACGAGACCAAUUCAGGAAAAACCCUCCUUCACACUGUGUGGGAAUGCAACAAGGUGUAAUAGAGGGAGAUUUUGCUCUUUGCAUCAGCCUCUACCACGGUUACGAGCUCCUGCUGCAGAUGGGAACGCGCUCCUUAUUUCUCUUCUUGUCUGGAAUUAUGGAUGGGUCAAAAGGUAUGACCCGUGCCAAAAAUGAACUGGCGCGUAACGAGGACUUUGUGAAAUUGUACAGCCAGCUUGAAAGCAUGUUUUCAGACACAGCUGUGACUUCAGCAAAUGGCAAUCACCCAAACAUAGGAACGGGAAACAGGAAGCCGUUCAUCUACAGCCACCCAAAGCUAAAGAAAUUAGAAGAAGUUGUAACAGAGCACUUCAGAUCCUGGAAGGAACAUGGAGAUCAGAAGAUAACUGAAGGCCGACCUGCCGGUACUCGGGUGAUGAUCUUCUCCUCCUUCCGUGACAGCGUUCAAGAAAUCGCCGAAAUGCUGAGCCAGCACUACCCAGCUGUGAGGGUCAUGACCUUUGUGGGCCACUCGACCGGCAAGAGCACGAAAGGGUUUACCCAGAAGGAGCAGCUGGAGGUGGUGAAGCGCUUCCGCGAGGGCGGCUACAACACUUUAGUCUCCACGUGCGUUGGAGAAGAAGGCCUGGAUAUCGGAGAGGUGGACCUCAUUGUCUGCUUUGACGCUCAGAAAAGUCCGAUUCGUCUCGUGCAGCGAAUGGGACGAACCGGCCGCAAGCGCCAGGGGCGAAUCGUGGUCCUUCUCUCCGAGGGACGGGAAGAGCGGACCUACAACCAGAGCCAGUCCAACCGGAGGAAUCUUCUCAAAGCGCUUUCCGAAAACAAAGGCCUGCAGUUCUACCAGCACAGCCCGCGCAUGAUUCCGGAAGGCCUGGACCCCCAGAUGCACCGGAUGCUAAUUAUGCCUGUGGAAGGCGAGCCCGGCACCUCCGAACCGGCCUCGAAAGAGAGGAGAGGCCAUACCCGCCUGCUCAAGGGGAUCCCCUACGCCUCCGGCCCAGGAGCAAAGCCAUCCCGCCCGCCCGAGAGCUGGUGCCUCACCGAGGAAGAAUUUGGACGAUGGGAGAGAUUGUAUAGAUUGGAAGAUGGUGACGGGAUACGGAAGGUGGUCUUGCCUCGAGGUCACAUUGAAACGUUGGAAGAGGAGGAGGAGGAGGAGGUGGGGUCUCGAGAUCAAGAGACCCACCAGCUGUCCCUGACGGAAUGGAGGCUCUGGCAGAACCGCCCUUUUCCUACCUUCCUGGUGGACCACUCGGAUCGUUGCCGCCACUUUGUCAGCGUGAUGGAACUGAUCGAGGAGAUGAGGCAGGAAGAGGACAACUGCCGCUAUGAACAAAAACUGCAGCCCUUCUUCCACUGGGAAGACCUGGAGGCCUCAGAUCCGCAGAGGAGCAAACGCAGCCCUGAGGGUGGAGCUCCUCAAAGACCUUCCGCGGGCAAAGGGUCUCUGUGGGCUGGAGCCUCCAGAGCGAAAAGCCGCUCGUCGUCCCCAGAGGCCCUCGAUGCAGAAACGGUUUCUCUCUUCAAAGCCACCAGCUUCAGAUCUGCGAGAAGGCCACCGGCACCGGGCGUAGAAACCACAGGCCAGCAAGAUCCCGGCCCUCCUCCAGCCCUCUUCUCGGCGAGCCGAUCGCCAUCUGUUGAGGGCUCCGGACGCGAAAGGCGGCCAAAAGAAAACGGAGAAGACCCCGAGGACUCUCUCAGCAGAAGCGCGAGGCCGGAAAGGACUCCACUGAGAGAAUGUCAGCCCGCCCUCCAACAGAGUGGAUGCGGCACGGAUCCUGUUUCCCCCAGCUGGGCAGAAGACGGCUCGCUUCAGUCCUCUUCUCUCUUUUACUUCCCAGCCGGCGAGACGGGUUCGCGGGUCCCUGCUGAGACCGAGACGGAGGAGGACCCGGCGUGGAGGGAGCGCCUCCUGACGAGCGUGACAAAGCUUCUGUCACGGUCACCCCCAUCCUUGGAGGAAAUCCUGCCAUUUGAGAAGAGAGAAGGCAAAGGGGAGCCCUUCAGGGCCGUGGGAGAGCGUGCUUUCCGUGUGACGGCAGGCCCCUUGGCUCCAGAAGAGAGCUCGGGCGCUCCGCCUCAGGGCCCCCCAGAAUUCACCAGCACCCACGAACGGCGGACCUCCAGCCAUCCUUUGGAUGCCAAGUCCACACCGGAGGCUUCCCUGAGCAAGAUCAGCGAUCUCAGCUGGGAUGAGCUUUUUGAGGAUGACAGCCAAGAACAGAUUGGGGUCCACGGAGAAAGUCCGCCAGUGGCCCGUCAGGGUCUCUACUUAGUAGACCCUUUGGGGAAGGAGGAUGGCGGAGGGGGUCCAAGAGCUUGGGAAAGGCUUGGGGGAGAGACGAGCGCGGGUGAAAAGGCAGCGCCUUUGUCAGAGAGGGAUUGUUUCCCUGAAGCCGACCCUGUGUUCCCAGACGGACAAGGGGGCAGGCCGGCUGUGUCCCCGGACGUGUGUCACCCUGGGGGGAACCCAGAAGAGACUGGUGGAAGUCAGCCUUCAGACGGCCUUGCUGCCGCCAAGCGGGCAACUCCCACCCCUUCAUGGACGGUUCAGAGGGAUGGGCCUCUGAGGAGGGCAGCGGGUGAAACGAGCCUCCCGCCUCUCCAAGAGCUGUUUGACGCCUCCCAGGAUUUGUUUUCGGUCAACUUUGAUCUUGGGUUUUCCCUUCAGGAGUCGGAGGAAGAGACGUCGGGGCAAGCAAGCCCCGUGAAAGGCGGAAACCGCCACCGCCACGGAGCCACCCCUCCGCCCGUGAGCCCUGGUCGGUCUCUCCCGAUGGGGACAGGAAGGACCUCUCCCUCCACCUCAAGCAGUGAAUGUGUGGAUGGGACCAAGUUUUCUACUCCUUUGCCCUUGAAAAGCCACCAUUCUGGUCCGUCGGCCGCUGGACAUGUCAUCCCUGGGGUUUCUCCUCUGACACCGGCCGGAGAGAAACGGUGCCGGACCCCGGACUCGGCACAGUCUGUCUUUGCUACACCCACAGGGAGAUGGAAGACGCCACGGAGAGGAGGGUCCCGAGGAGGCUCGCUCGGUUCCCUCGCCGGACAGCGGGAGGAGGGCCCCCAGAGGCCGCCCCUCCCCGGCAGAGCCAGCGGCAGCCUACUCAAAGUCCUGGCCAACUCGGCCUUCGAAACAGAGGCUCCAGCAUCACACGAGGCUUGGAAGACCGGCCGCAAUGGUGGAAAUGGCUCUCACGUUCUGCUUUCCGCUGGAGCAGGAGCCAGCAGCGAAAGUGAAGAAGAAAUUAUUUUUCUCAGGAAAAAUAAGAGGAAAAGAAACAUCUUGACAUCCCCAGAGAUCACCCCCAAGAUGAAUAGCGGUGAUUUUGAAUCGCCAGUUCAUCCCGUCAAGAAGCAGAGGCGUCCCAUCAUUGUCGCAGCGGCCAAGCAUUUUAUGGAUGACGAAGCGGAGGUUUCUGCCCACGGAGCCUCCGAGGUCUCGUCGGACGAAAGCUCAGAACACGAACUCAGCUCUUCCCUCGUCCAGUUUCUGAACGAUGAAACGGAGAUCACGCAGGAUCUAAAUGAGUCAGAGAUGCAGGCGGUUUACCUGAAAUCUGUGCGCAGCCCUGCGGUCGGAAACAGGUACAAGAUGGUGCACAAGAGGCGCAGCCUGACCCCUGUUUUCUCCCAGGUUCCGGAGCAGGACGAAAACUACUUAGCUGACAGCUUCUGCGUGGAAGACCUUGAGGAAGGCAACCCAAAAAGCAGCUCGAGUGGAGAAGAGGAGGAGGAGGAGGAGGAAUGCCUUGAUUUUAACCUGCUCCAGGAGGAAAGUUUUGCCAACGGGAGAAAGCAAUACAACACCCGUCACCGGAGGAGGCUGAGGGAGCGGGGCCAGAGCAUUCCGGCGCGACCCAGGAGACCCUCCCGCGUUGUUUCCCUUCUCAGCAGCUCAAGCGAUGAGGAAGGAGGCUUCGGCAGCGGGGGGCCAAGAGACCUGCCCUCCGUCCCAAAGGCUGGGAACUCCCUGCCAACCUCGGGCGGCUUCCUGCCCCGACGGAUGCCCGCUCCAAAGGCGGCCUUCCCUCGGCUGCCCCAGGCGGCCGGGGCCUGUGUGCCGCCGGAGCCGGAAGGUGGCCUCUCGGAAGAACCAGGCCGAGAGCCGGACUGGCGAGAGCCGUUCCCGGGAGCGCUGGACCAUUGCCAGAAGAAGACGACGACGGUGGGGGAGUCUGAGGAGCGCCCGCCCGGACCCCGUCCCCUUCCUGCCUCCCGCCCGUCCCGUGAUGCUCCGAGGACGCCGGCCGCCCUCUGCGUUCUGGCGGACAGUCGCGAGGUGGCCUCCGGGCCGGAGGUCAUUUCCAGCCUGAAAGCGGUCCACGGCAUUAAGGUUCAGGUGGUCUCCCUGGGGGUCUGCGAUUACGUGGUCAGCAACCGGCUGGCCGUGGAGAGGAAGACCCAGGCGGAGCUGCUGAAUGGCGCGCAGCAGAGCAAGGCCGUCCAGCGGGUGCAGCGGCUGAAGAGCACCUUUGAGCGGAUCUGCGUGAUUGUGGAGAAGGAGAGACCCAAAGCAGGAGAGGCGUGGAGAGCGUUCCAUCGGACCAAGCGCUACGACAGCAUCCUCUCGGCCUUCAUCCGGGCAGGGAUCCGCGUGCUCUUCAGUUCCUGCCAAGAGGAGACGGCAGAGCUGCUGGCGGGGCUGGCGUCGGUGGAGCGGCGGAAGAAGGCGGCCCUUGUCGCCCCGACCGAGGUGGAGGGGCCCCAGCGAGAAGCCCUCCGGUUCUACUUGAGCAUCCCCUGCGUCAGCUACCCUCUGGCCUUGGCCUUCUGCCACUGCUUUGGCUCCGUGAAAGAGAUGGUCAACAGUUCCCCGGGAGAGAUGGCCGCCCGCACCCAGGUGAUGCAGCAGAAGGCGGAGGAGGUCUACCGUUACAUCUACUACCACUUUGAGGCCACGAUGCUGCCUGGGAUCGGCACGUGACCCGCGGCGGCCCUUGAAAAAUGCACUUUACGCUUUUGUUCUUCCAGUGUAAGAUAUGUAAAUAAACUUCCAAACAA